UUCAGGCUGCUCGGAGGAAGCCCGUGCAGUCACCUGGGUGCAAGAGCGUUGCUGCCUCGGGCUCUCUUGCUGCAGGGAGAGCGGCACUCUCUGGCCUGGAUGUGGUUGGAUUUAGGGGGGCUCCGCAGCAGGGGUGUCGUGGCGUUGGUGAGCGCUGCAACAGGUAGACGCCGAGAGACGGACCCCGGCCGAGGCAGCUAUGGAGACCAAAGGCUACCACAGUCUCCCUGAAGGUCUAGAUAUGGAAAGACGGUGGGGUCAAGUUUCUCAGGCUGUGGAACAUUCUUCCCUGGGACCUACAGAGAGGACUGAUGAGAAUAACUACAUGGAGAUUGUCAACGUAAGCUGUGUUUCCGGUGCUAUUCCAAACAACAGUACUCAAGGAAGCAGCAAAGAAAAACACGAACUACUCCCUUGCCUUCAGCAAGACAAUAAUCGGUCUGGGAUUUUAACAUCUGAUAUUAAAACUGAGCUGGAGUCCAAGGAGCUUGCAGCAACUGUAGCUGAGUCCAUGGGUUUAUACAUGGACUCCGUAAGAGAUGCUGACUACACCUACGAUCAGCAGAACCAACAAGGAAGCAUGAGUCCAGCAAAGAUUUAUCAAAAUGUUGAACAGCUGGUGAAAUUUUAUAAAGAAAACGGCCAUCAUCCUUCCACUCUAGGUGGUGUGAACAGGCCCUUGAGGUCCUUCCUGUCUGACUCCGGGAGCUCUGUGAAUGGUGGGGUCAUGCGUGCCAUUGUUAAAAGUCCUAUCAUGUGUCACGAGAAGAGUCCAUCCGUUUGCAGCCCCCUGAACAUGACCUCUUCAGUUUGCAGCCCUGCAGGUAUCAGCUCUGUCUCCUCCACGUCUGCCAGCUUUGGCAGCUUCACAGUGCACAGCCCUAUCACCCAGGGGACUCCUUUGACAUGCUCCCCUAAUGUUGAAAACCGAGGCUCCAGGUCACACAGCCCGGCACACGCCAGUAAUGUGGGCUCUCCUCUCUCAAGUCCAUUAAGUAGCAUGAAAUCCCCAAUAUCCAGCCCUCCGAGUCAUUGCAGUGUAAAAUCUCCGGUCUCCAGUCCUACUAACGUCACUCUGAGAUCCUCUGUGUCUAGCCCUGCAAACGUCAACAACUCAAGGUGCUCUGUUUCCAGCCCUUCCAACACAAACAACAGAUCCACGCUUUCCAGUCCAACGGCUAGUACUGUGGGAUCUAUCUGUAGCCCUGUAAACAAUGCCUUCAGCUACACUGCCUCUGGCACCCCUGCCGGAUCCAGUGCAGCCCGGGAUGUGGUUCCUAGUCCAGACACACAUGAGAAAGGUGCUCAUGAGGUCCCCUUUCCUAAGAGUGAGGAAGUAGAAAAUGCCAUCUCCAAUGGGGUGACUGGCCAGCUUAACAUUGUCCAGUACAUAAAACCAGAGCCAGAUGGGGCUUUUAGCAGCUCGUGUCUAGGAGGAAAUAGCAAAAUAAAUUCUGAUUCCCCAUUCUCAGUACCAAUAAAACAAGAAUCAACCAAGCAUUCGUGUUCAGGCACCUCUUUUAAAGGGAAUCCAACAGUAAACCCAUUUCCAUUUAUGGAUGGUUCAUAUUUUUCCUUUAUGGAUGAUAAAGACUAUUAUUCUCUAUCAGGAAUUUUAGGACCACCUGUGCCGGGCUUUGAUGGUAACUGUGAAGGCAGCGGAUUCCCAAUGGGGAUUAAACAGGAACCAGAUGAUGGGAGCUAUUACCCAGAAGCCAGCAUCCCUUCAUCUGCUAUUGUUGGUGUGAAUUCAGGUGGACAGUCCUUUCACUACAGGAUUGGUGCUCAAGGUACAAUAUCUCUAUCACGAUCGGCUAGAGACCAAUCUUUCCAACAUCUGAGUUCCUUUCCUCCUGUUAAUACUUUAGUGGAGUCAUGGAAAUCACAUGGUGACCUGUCUUCUAGAAGAAGUGAUGGAUAUCCAGUUCUAGAAUACAUUCCAGAAAACGUAUCCAGCUCUACUUUACGAAGUGUUUCUACUGGAUCUUCAAGACCUUCCAAAAUUUGUUUGGUGUGUGGGGAUGAGGCUUCAGGAUGUCAUUAUGGGGUAGUUACCUGUGGCAGCUGCAAAGUGUUCUUCAAAAGAGCAGUGGAAGGGCAACACAACUAUUUAUGUGCUGGAAGAAAUGACUGUAUCAUUGAUAAGAUUCGACGAAAGAAUUGUCCUGCCUGCAGACUUCAGAAAUGUCUUCAAGCUGGAAUGAAUUUAGGAGCUCGAAAGUCAAAGAAGUUGGGCAAGUUAAAAGGUAUUCACGAGGAACAGUCACAGCAGCAGCCCCCGCCCCCGCCCCCACCCCCCCAGAGCCCCGAGGAGGGGACAACGUACAUCGCUCCUGUAAAAGAGCCCUCUGUCAACUCAGCGCUGGUUCCUCAGCUGUCCACAAUCUCACGAGCACUCACACCUACCCCUGUUACGAUCCUUGAAAACAUCGAGCCUGAGAUCGUGUAUGCAGGCUAUGACAACUCAAAACCAGACACAGCCGAAAACCUGCUCUCCACUCUAAACCGCUUAGCAGGCAAACAGAUGAUCCAAGUCGUGAAGUGGGCAAAGGUACUUCCAGGAUUCAAAAACUUGCCUCUUGAGGACCAAAUUACCCUAAUCCAGUAUUCUUGGAUGUGUCUAUCAUCAUUUGCCUUGAGCUGGAGAUCGUACAAACAUACAAACAGCCAAUUUCUCUAUUUUGCGCCAGACCUAGUCUUUAAUGAAGAGAAGAUGCAUCAGUCCGCCAUGUAUGAAUUAUGCCAGGGGAUGCACCAAAUCAGCCUUCAGUUUGUUCGACUGCAGCUUACCUUUGAAGAAUACACCAUAAUGAAAGUGUUGCUGCUGCUAAGCACAAUUCCAAAGGAUGGCCUCAAAAGCCAGGCUGCAUUUGAAGAAAUGAGGACAAAUUACAUCAAAGAACUGAGGAAGAUGGUAACUAAGUGUCCCAACAACUCUGGGCAGAGCUGGCAAAGGUUCUACCAAUUGACCAAGCUUCUGGACUCCAUGCAUGAUCUGGUCAGUGACUUGCUGGAAUUCUGCUUCUACACCUUCCGAGAGUCCCAGGCCCUGAAAGUGGAGUUCCCCGCGAUGCUGGUGGAGAUCAUCAGCGACCAGCUGCCAAAGGUGGAGUCCGGGAACGCCAAGCCCCUUUACUUUCACAGGAAGUGACGGAAGACAUCUUACCAGGAGAGCUUUGCCUUAAGUUUCCCCAUGUUAUUCUACACCCACGAAGGACCCAAGGAAUCAUAUUUUUAACAUGUGAUGGUUGAUUCAUACUCGUUCAGCAGUUUCUCAAGUUGAAAUCACGUCAAGGGUUCAGAGCCGGGAAAGCAGUUUGACACGGAUUUGGCAAGACCUGAGCCGUCUGAAGGAUUCUUCCCUGUCCAAUCCCCAGCGCUUAGAAACAUGUUCCUGUUCCUCUGGAUGAAAAGCCAUAUCUAGUCAAUAACUCUCUGAUUUUGAUAUUUUAACAGAUGGAAGUUUUAACUAUGCCAUGUAGUUUCCGGUAUCGCUUGUUUUAAAAGGGUUCAAGGACUAACGAACUUUUUAGAGCUUACCCUUGGUUGCACAUAAAACGUAUAGUCAAUAUGGGGCAUUAAUAUUCUUUUGUUAUUUAAAAAAACACAGAAAAAAAGAAAAAAAAAACAUAUACAGAUUCCUGUUGUGUAAUAACAGAGCACGUGGGGUGGAAGAGCGGCCCCGUCGUGGGACUCACUCGUCCGCGUUCCUCUGCAUCACUGGUAUACACACCCUUUAGCGUCCAUUUAUUAUUUAAUUAGAACAGAUAAGAUGUUAAACAAAUGCCUUGGUUUCAAUUUCUAGUAUCUAUUGUGUUGGCUUUACAAAUAAUUUUUUGCAGUCUUUUGCUGUGCUGUACAUUACUGUAUGUAUCAAUGUGAAGGACCUGAAAUAAGGUAUAAGGAACUUUUGUAAAU